AUGAGUGUUGGACGGAUCAACCGCUACAGCAUUGUGUCAUCUGAGGAAGAGGGACUCCGCCUCACUACCAUGCAUGGCAUGAACGGCUUUGGCAAUGGCAAGAUCCACACACGCCGCAAGUGCCGCAACCGCUUUGUCAAAAAGAAUGGCCAGUGCAAUGUGCAUUUUACCAAUAUGGAAGAUAAGUCGCAGCGCUACAUGGCCGAUAUCUUCACCACAUGUGUCGAUAUUCGCUGGCGAUGGAUGCUGGUAGUUUUCACUCUUGUGUUUGUUGUCUCCUGGCUGGCCUUUGGCUUAGCCUUUUGGGUCAUUGCUUUGCUGCAUGGAGAUCUGGAUAACCCCGCCGGAGAUGACAACUUCACUCCAUGUGUCCUACAGGUCAAUGGAUUUGUGGCUGCCUUUCUAUUCUCCAUUGAAACACAGUCAACCAUUGGUUAUGGCUAUCGCUGUGUGACUGAAGAGUGCCCAAUGGCUGUCUUCAUGGUGGUCUUCCAGUCCAUAGUCGGCUGCAUCAUUGACUGCUUUAUGAUUGGCGCCAUCAUGGCCAAGAUGGCCAGGCCUAAGAAACGAGCACAAACACUGUUGUUUAGCCACAAUGCUCUCAUUGCCAUGCGUGAUGGAAAGCUGUGCCUCAUGUGGAGGGUAGGGAACCUUCGCAAGAGCCACAUUGUAGAGGCCCAUGUCAGGGCACAGCUCAUCAAACCUCGGAUCACUGAUGAGGGUGAAUAUAUUCCUCUAGACCAGAUAGACAUUAAUGUGGGCUUUGAUAAGGGCCUGGACAGGAUUUUCUUGGUUUCACCCAUCACUAUUCUCCAUGAGAUAGAUGAGGAGAGCCCUCUAUUUGGGAUCAGCAAACAGGACUUGGAGACAGCAGACUUUGAGAUUGUCGUCAUCUUGGAGGGGAUGGUUGAAGCAACCGCCAUGACCACACAGGCUCGCAGCUCCUACUUGGCCUCUGAGGUGCUUUGGGGUCACCGUUUCGAGCCAGUCUUGUUUGAGGAGAAGAACCUGUACAAGGUGGAUUACUCUCACUUUCACAAAACCUACGAGGUGCCGUCCACCCCCCGCUGCAGUGCCAAGGACAUGCUGGAGAACAAGUUCUUAGUCCCCAGCUCAAACUCAUUCUGCUAUGAAAAUGAGCUGGCCUUCAUGAGCCGCGAUGAUGAGGAAGAGGAUGUAGUUGGUGUUAGCAGGCCACUGGCGAACCUCAGUCCAGACCGAAACAGCCGACACGAGUUUGAACGCUUACAGGCCACCAGGACGCUGGAUCAAAGGUCAUAUCGUAGAGAGUCGGAAAUAUGACCUCUACCCAUUGACCCUGGCUCAACUUUCAAUAACUUUAACCCUAGGGUAAAAAUGCAGAACAAUGCAAAGUGCCAUAGGAAAAGCUGACUGCUGUGAAAGAUUGGAAAAGAAAUAAGACAACAGUAAAAAGGGACUUAACUGGAAGGAAUGGGGAAAAGCAAGAGUACGCAGCUUAGACAAUUGUGGUAAGGAAUGUCAACAAUCAAGGAAAAGGCUAGGGAAAGACCUUCUUCCUAAAUGGAAACUUGAAUCUUUUUUCACAUGGUUAUUUUGAGUUAAGAGUGUUCAAUGAUAGUGCAUCAAAAACUAUUAUGACGGAACCUUAUAAUCAAAUCUUAGGUGUAAAUACACUGCUUAGGUAAGUUAUGUUUUGUGUGCAGUAUCAUCAGUUUCCAAAAACACCUCUAAACAAUAGAAUUUAGCUAUUUCAACUUGUUCUUGGGCACAAAUAAUGGUGUUACAAGGUUUCUCUGCAAGCUCUCCUCGCAUUGCUGUCAUUUGUUGG